AACCUCUACAUAGUACUAACGCGCAUGGUGCGCAUUCAAGAAGCAGGACUGUAUCUCGGGGACGGUAGAAAAUUUUACGCGCUCCGCCAGUGUACACUUGUCGCGUUGAAAAAUGUGAUAAGAUAAGGUGUGACAUGUAACGUAUACAAUAGUGCACUUCAAAUGCGGCCGCAAAAAAAUUGAGUUUUGUGAUAAUACAGCUGUUUUGUGAAAUUGGGGUUCAAUUUGUGAUAUUUAACCGGGAAAAUGACAACAUUGGAACUGUACUCGAAGGGUGCGAAAGUAUGGAUCCCGCAUCCGGAAAAAGUAUGGGAGGGUGCCGAACUGACAGAGGACUACAAACCAAACAAGAAAACGAUCGACGUGGUGACCGAGGACAAUGAAUCGAAAACGUUGGCCGUCAAAUCGGAGGAGAACCUGCCGUUCCUGAGGAAUCCGCAAAUUCUGAUUGGCGAAAAUGAUCUCACUACUCUCUCCUAUCUGCACGAACCUGCCGUACUCUACAACUUACAAGUCAGGUUCUGUCAGAAUAAAUAUAUUUACACGUACUGUGGAAUCGUACUGGUGGCGAUUAAUCCCUACGAUGAAUUACCCAUUUAUGACAUCGACACGAUACAGACGUACAGAGGCCAAGCGAUGGGCGACCUGGACCCGCACAUCUUUGCCGUCGCAGAAGAGGCCUAUACGAAGCUGGAGCGCGAACAGCGUGACCAGAGCAUCAUCGUCUCGGGCGAGAGUGGUGCCGGCAAAACGGUCUCUGCCAAGUAUGCGAUGCGGUACUUCGCCACCGUUGGCGGCAAUGCCACCGAGACUCAAAUCGAGAAGAAGGUGCUGGCCAGCAGUCCCAUCAUGGAAGCAAUUGGAAACGCCAAAACUACAAGAAACGACAACAGUUCCAGAUUCGGUAAAUUUAUCGAACUGCAAUUCAGCAAGCAGUACCACAUAAUCGGAGCAUCCAUGCGGACGUAUCUCCUUGAGAAAUCUCGAGUUGUUUUCCAAGCGCCAGAUGAGAGGAACUACCACAUAUUCUAUCAACUUUGCGCGGCAAGGAAAAAACUACCACACCUCAAAUUAGAUCACCAAGACAAUUUCACAUAUUUAAACCAGGGCAGAAGUCCGGAUGUGGCGGGUGUGAAUGAUUUGGAGGCUUUCGAAGAAACAGUUAACGCGCUCAAUUUACUAGGUUUUUCGGAAACGGAACAGAACGAUAUGUUUAGAAUUUUGGCAGCUAUUCUACAUCUAGGAAAUAUUCGAUUCGCCGAGUGCGUCAUCAAGACUGAGAAUCAACAGGAUCAGGAAGGAUGUGGCAUUUCUCCCAAAGACGUUCACAUGAACUUAUUGGCAUUUCUGCUGGACGUUGACGAGAAUGACUUGAAACAAUGGCUGUGUACGAGGAAAAUUGUCUCUAUGAGGGACGUGAUUCUAAAACCCAUGUCAGUCGAAGAUGCCAAUAUGUCAAGGGACGCAUUGGCAAAGCAUAUCUAUGCUGAAUUAUUCAAUUGGAUUGUACUGGUUAUAAAUAAAGCUUUAGAGUCGACAGGAAACCGUCACAAAUUCAUUGGCGUUUUGGAUAUCUACGGUUUUGAAACCUUCGAGACGAACUCGUUCGAGCAAUUUUGUAUAAAUUAUGCAAACGAGAAGCUGCAGCAACAAUUUAACAUGCACGUAUUCAAACUCGAACAAGAAGAAUACAUAAAGGAAGGAAUCGAAUGGAAAAUGAUUGAGUUUUAUGACAAUCAGCCUUGUAUAGAUCUCAUCGAAACCAAAUUGGGAAUACUAGAUCUACUCGAUGAGGAAUGCAGAAUGCCCAGAGGUUCCGACGCAAGUUGGACAGAAAAAUUGUACAAUAAAUGCAUAAAAUACUCCCACUUUUCGAAGGGCCGUUUCGGUCAGUCUUCCUUCGUAAUAAACCACUUCGCCGACAAAGUCCAGUAUGAGAGCAACGGCUUCUUAGAGAAAAACAGGGACACCGUAAUUGAAGAACAGAUUUCCGUCAUUAAAGCAAGCAAAAAUAAUCUAGUCAAACGUCUGUUCGCUAGCAAUGAACACAAACUCGCAGCCCCCAAUGCUAAAGUGAAAAUUAUACCGGCAAAGCAAUUACCAGGUGCUCAAAAGUCACACAAGAAAACGGUGGGAUCGCAGUUCAGAGAUUCACUAAACAUGCUCAUGGCAACUUUAAAUGCAACUACACCACAUUACGUCAGAUGUAUCAAGCCUAAUGAUUCGAAAACGCCUUUCGAGUACAACCCGAAAAGAGCCGUUCAACAAUUGAGAGCCUGUGGUGUUCUGGAAACAAUACGACUCUCAUCGGCAGGCUUUCCUAGCAGAUGGACUUACAUCGAUUUCUUCUAUCGUUAUCGAGUGCUGUGCAAAUUCAACGACAUCAACAGGACUAACAUGCAGAAAACGUGUGAAACCAUUCUGAACAAAUACAUAAAGAACACGGAUAUGUACCAAUUUGGCAAGACAAAGAUCUUCUUCAGGGCCGGUCAGGUCGCCUACCUGGAGAAAUUAAGAUCCGAUAAGCUCAAGCAGUGCUGCAUUAUGAUGCAGAAGACAGUUAGAGCAUUCAUCUGGCGCAAGAAGUUCUUGAGAAUUAAAAAUUGUGCACUGAAUAUUCAGAGAUAUGGAAGGGGGCUUUUGGCCAGAAGGCUUGCUCAAGAUAUUAGACGAGAACGUGCUGCUAAGAAGAUACAACGGUAUGUGCGAGGUUGGGUAAAGAGAGUACAAUACCAGAGGCUGAAACAAUGCGUUAUUGGAAUACAGUCUCGUGCAAGGGGAUAUUUAGCCCGGCGUGAAUUCCUAAAAGUUAAAUACAACGCAAAAGCAAUCAUUAUACAAAAGCAUGUUAGAGGCUGGUUAUCAAGAAGAACAGUGCUUAAAAGGAAACGACAAAUUAUUAUUUGUCAAGCUGCUAUCCGAAGAUUUUUGGCCAAGAGACAAUAUAAACGCCUACGUAUUGAAGCGAGGUCAAUUGAACACGUCAAGAAACUUAAUAAGGGAUUAGAGAACAAAAUCAUAAGCCUACAGCAGAAGAUUGACGAAGUUAAUAAGCAAAAUAAUGAAAUGAAAUCGUACCAACAGGAAGUAAAGGAGUUAAAGAACAAAUUAGUAACAUUCAAAGCUCUAGAAAUAGAAAUAAAAAAUCUCAACAAUCUUUUAAUAGAAAAGAACAAGAAAAUCGAGAAAAUAGAAUUAGACCUGAAAAACGAACGAGACGAAAAAAUGGAUCUUCUCAACGAACAUCAAAAAUUCAAGGAAGAAACUAUGAAACAAAGCGAGCUGUAUGCGGAAGAAACUCUCAAACUGCGUAAAGAAUUGGAGAACAUCAAUGAAAUAGUUAAGGUAAACCAGAAGGGUGCAGAAGAAAACCUGAAAACUCGUUUAGAAGAGGAGAAAAUUUUGAUUAUGAACGAACAAGAUAACGACAAACAAAACUAUCAGAAACUCUUACAAGAAUACCAUAAUUUGGAACAACAUUGCGAAGAACUGGAAAAACAAAUUCAAAAUCAAAACAACCACAUAUCGCACAGGCGUAACAUCAGUGAUAUAAGCAGCAUUUCUAUGGUAGAUGAAGCACUUCUAAAUUCCGAUCUUCCGGAAGAUCAUGGAUAUGGCUCAGUUCGCUCAACGUCUAGUUCUCAUAAUAGAGAGAAACUUGAAAAUAUUGACUGGAAGGUUGAUGCUGCAGGUGCAACAAGUGAAUCUCAAACUCCCAGCACGACUAGCAGCAACGAUACGAAACAAGAUCCGGAUAGUAAAGUGGACGUGGGUCUGGUAUUGAAGCUGCAACACAAGUUAUCAGCAAUGGAACGGGAAAAAAUGAGAAUGCAGAAACGUCUAGACGAACUAGACAUGUCACCCAGAGUCGAACGGGCAGAAAAUGCGGCUAACGAUGCUGUCAGAAUUUCGGAAUUAGAAUUGACCAAUUCGAACUUGAAAUCUCAAUUGAUGGAGUUGAGAAGCAGCAUCAGUGAUGGUACGGAGAAGUCGAAGUUGCAAGAACAGAUGGUGCAGAUGCAGGCUGAACUGGACAGGAGAGGUGAAGAGGUGGUGCAAUUGAAGAGUGUUUUGGCCAACCAAACCAAUAAUAUGAAGUCUCUAGUUAACUCAAAUACAAGACUAGGUGAGUAUAUCAACGAAGAUGGAGAGUUGGCUCUAGCUUAUGAAACUCAAAAAACUAUUAACAAACAACUGGAGCUGGAACUUCAGGAUGAGAAAGCGAAAUACAAAGCGCACGAGCGUGAAUAUAAAUUUGAAAUUGAAAAGUUGAAGGAGGACAACGAGCGUCAACAACGAAUUCUCUCUGCCAAUUUGACUUCCAAAGACCAGUCUCAGAAUGAGAUCUACAUGCAGCACGAAAUCGCAAGACUGACUGCCGAGAAUUUGGAUUUGCACGAUACAAAGGAUACGUUGUCUAAGAGUGUGCAAAAGUUAAAGAAACAACUGAAGCAACUUAUGAAGAAAUUAAAGGAAACUGGUUUCGAUGUGGAUAGCACUAUUACCGUGGAAAAUGACAAUAAUAAUAAGAUCGUACCUAAGCACAACAGGCCAUUACCUAGCAUCAAAAAGAAAGAUAGAGAAUAUCUAGGAAUGUUCUCAUACCCGGAGGGCCAAGAAAAUAUUAUUAUGAAACAUCUUGUUAUAGAUCUUAAACCCCGGACCGCUGUGGCCCUGUUACCUGGAUUGCCAGCUUACAUAGUGUUUAUGUGCAUCAGACACACGGACUACGUUAAUGAUGACGAAAAAGUUAAGGCAAUUCUAUCAGCAUUCACAAAUUCAGUUAAAAAGGUUGUAAGAAAAAAUCAAGAAAAUUUCGAAUUGUUAGCUCUGUGGCUGUCGAAUACACUUCGAUUGGUCCAUAACAUGAAGCAAUACAGCGGAGAUAAAGCAUUCCAAGAAAAGAACACAGUGAAACAAAACGAACAGUGUUUGAGAAACUUCGAUCUGUCUGAGUACAGACAAGUAAUGUCAGAUAUUGCUGUCUGGAUUUAUCAAGGCCUUAUCAAAACAUUCGAAGGUAAAAUUCAAACCCUCAUUGUACCAGCCAUUCUAGAACACGAAGAAAUAGCCGGUAUUAGCGGGAAUAAACCGAGUGGAUUUAGAACAAGGCAAAAUUCAACCACAAGCCCUGUAGGUAAUCAAAAACCUACUACCGCAUUAUUACAAGAACUGACGAACCAUCACAAAAUACUGUCAUUUUAUGGAGUGGAUCAAGAAGUUAUAUCACAAAUAUUCAAGCAAAUCUUCUAUUUCCUGUGUUCAUCGAGUUUGAACAAUCUCCUUUUGCGCAAAGAACUUUGUCAUUGGUCUAAAGGACUUCAGAUUCGUCACAAUCUUUCACACUUCGAAAUGUGGACCAGAGAGAAAUCUUUGGACGAGACAUCGAUUCAAGCAACCCUCCAGCCUAUAAUUCAGGCCGCCCACCUAUUACAAGCAAGAAAAUAUGAAGAAGACGUCGCCAGUGUUUGCGAAAUGUGCAGUGCACUAACGCCAUUACAGAUUUGCAAGAUAUUAAAUCUGUACACACCAGUCGACGAAUUCGAACAACGGGUACCAGUGUCAUUUAUUAAGAAGGUUCAAGCUAAAUUACAGGAAAGGCCUCAAAGUCAAGAGCAGCAGACUCUACUUAUGGACGUCAAAUUUAGGUACCCUGUAAGAUUUCCAUUCAACCCCUCAGUGAUAUGUUUAGAAGAAAUAGAAGUCCCUGACACACUAAAACUGCCGAUGCUAGAAAAGAUAUAAUUGGACUUCUAUAAUCUUAAUAAUCAGUCGUUUUUGCCUUACAAGAUGCAAAAAAGUCGUGUAAUGCACAAAAGACUAACAGAUAUGGUAGUUAGUGAUUUACGCUUUAAACAAAUUAUAUAUUUCAGAGACAAGAAUUAUAUAUAUAUUAAAGAUAUGUAUUUAUAUAUAGAUUUGGAAUUUUAGAUAAUUCAUUUAUUGACUAGCUUCUUGUUGGAGAUACCAGCCACUAUGUAGUUGUUGAUUACAAAUAGGCCGCAAGAUUUUCUAAUAAAUACCACUAAAGUAUAUUCACAUAACAUUAUUUUAUUUUAAAUCCUACAAUAAAUUGUGAAUGUACUAAAAACAAUGUUAGGACCAUAUUGGAGAUAAAUGAACAUUAUACGAAUUUGAAGUUGAGCAAUUAAUAUAAAUAUUCAAUAUAGUUCGAACUCUGAUAAAACAUAUAUUUCCAAAUGCCUUAUCUGCAACAAUACUAUGACACGCGGUCCCAAUUGUGAAAACAUUUCUAAUACAAAAAUCAUACUCUUCUAUUUUUUUUUUAUUGUGAUUUAUAUAGUUGUGUACCUUUCCUUAGGUUAUCUAUAAUAAUUAUUUUAACAAUUUCUAGGUAUAUUUGUGCCAUGUUAAGUAUUAAAAUUGUUCCAAAUAUAAGUUUUAGUAUUACAUAUUUUUAAUUAAAAAAAUCAUCAAUCAUUUUGAGGAUGUCUCAAAAAACUUAGCUGUGAGAUAGCAGAAAUAUGUAUAAUGAUAGCAAUAGAUAGAGAUGGAAUUAUUCGUAUAUUUUGUAAUUAUAUUUAGGGUGAAAAUAUCUGAUCAAAAUUAAUUUGAACGGUUCUGGAAACUAAAUCGUGACAAAUAUGAUACCUACACAUUUUGGUCAUAUAUAUUAAGCCUAAUGUUGUUUACUAGAACAUAUCUUUUAGUACAAUAUUUUUUAAGUGCUUUAACUAAAGUCUAUUUAUUUGUAAAUAUACAUAGCUACUAUUUAUUGUUAUAUCAUAAAAUUAACCAAUUUUAAUGAUCUACAUGUAUAGUUUAAGUUGUAUAUUGAAAUUACUGGGUUAAAGUUACCUUUAUUGAAGAUUAGCUUGAAAUGUUGGCAUUUUAAAUAAAGAAUUAUACAAAUGUUAUUUAAAUGAUAUUUUAUUGUCAGUUAUGAAACAUAUUCAUCUAUGUAUAUAUUGUGGAUUAUAGACUGUAAAUAAUAAAAUCAUAAUAAAAAAUUGCAAAUGUU